AUGGAUGAAACAGGACUUCUUGAACCUGACACAACUCUAGCAACAAAACAACUUGAGGGAAAAAAAAAGGACAAGGAAUGUUUGACUGUUGUGCUCUGUUGUAAUGCUGAUGGAACUGAUAAACUUCCACCUCUCAUUAUUGGAAAAUUUUUAAAACCUCAGUGUAUGAAAAAUGUUAAUAUGAAUAAUCUUGGAAUUACCUAUAGAGCAAAUACUAAAGCAUGGAUGACAGCAGUUUUAUUUCAAGAAUGGUUAAGACUAUUUGAUCAAAGAAUGAGUGGUAGAAAGGUGUUAUUAUUACUUGACAAUGCACCUUGUCAUAUAAUUGAAGGGUUAGAAUUGAAUAAUACACAGAUUAAAUUCUUACCACCAAACCCCACAUCAAAGUUUCAACCUUGUGAUGCUGGGAUUAUUGCAUCUUUCAAGAAACAUUAUCAUCGUCGAUUUGUACAUCACCUUCUUGAAAAGUUUGAGGAUAAUGAACAGGUUGCCAAGCUUAAUGUUAUAGAAGCUAUACUAUUCAUUAAAACAGCUUGGAGAGAUGAUGUUACAAUAAAUACCAUUGCCAAUUGUUGGAAGCAUACUGACAGAGCAAGAAGGAGAUGA